CUUACACCUUUACAUAAUGACAGCAGCAGCUCCUUGCCCCAGCUCAUUGCACUCUAACCCCGAGACACACGGCCAGGCCUGCCAUCCUACACAGCUACCACUGGACUGACCUGACCCAAUCUGAAAGAUGGGGCCUUGGACCCUGCUGCUCCUGCACCUUCCCCUGGUGGUGUCCAUGCUCCCAGCCCCUACCAACGUGUCCAUUGUCUCCUUCAACCUGGAGCACACUCUGACCUGGCUGCCAGGUCCAGGGACUCCUGACAACACACAUUUCACAGUUCAGAGCCUCAGGAAGAACUCAUGGCAGCUCGUGAAGGGUUGUGCUAGGUUGAAGACCCGCCAGUCAUGUGACCUCACUAACACGUUCAAGGAUCCCUUCUAUCAUUACAAAGCCCGUGUUCAAGCCAUCACCACUACUCAGAAGUCCAACUGGUCCCUCUCUAUGCUCUUCUACCCCUUGACUGACACAUUGCUGGGCCCUCCAGUGGUGUCCGUGUCCGGCUGUGGGAACUGCCUGCUCCUGCAGGUAACUCCCCCCACAUCCAGGGGCCUGCAGCGCUCCCUGUCCCCCACACAGCUCUACUACAGACAGUUCACCUGCAUGGUGCGCCGGACCAGGGAUGGAUCUCAGUUCAGCAUGUGGGUCACCUCCACUGAGAAAACUGUGAUUGGCUACCUGGAGCCAGGGGCGGAGUAUUGCGUGACUGUCACCCCAUCUACGAGCUUUAACCCUCACUCUGUCCCCUCUGAGCCCCACUGUGCCUUCACCAGCCCUACUGCUGCCAACACAGUGCCUGUGGUUCUGAGUGUACUGUGUGCCUUUAGCCUCCUGGUGGUGCUCCUCUGUGGAAUAGUGGUCUAUAGUGGUCGCCUGCUCUGUGUGCACAAACCUCUCCCCAAAACACUGUCCUCUGUUCCUCUCUGUGGUGGUGAGAUGCCCACAGAUCCCUCGCCUGACCGCUUCAACCUGCUCUCAGUCCUGCCUGUGGUUGGACCCCCAUCACCAUGACUUUGUCCCUCCCAGGCCAUACACAGGGGAGGAGACGUGUCAAGGAAGAAGAUGAUGAUGCAGUUUACUCUGGGCUAUGGACUGGUGGUGGUAUCCUCGAGAUCAAAUAAAUAUUUAACCCACAAUUAUCCAGUGAUAAGAUUAUAACAAACCAUUGUGUUAUAUUUAUGUCUGAGUCAUGACAAAGUUAUAUUAUUAUUUUAUUGUGAAUAAAGCUACUUUGUGAUUGAUUAUAACAUGUAAAAAAAAGGAAUAAGCAAAAGCAAAAUGUGAAAUGUAUGUCGAUGUUUCUAUAAAUGUAUUGAACUAUGUCAUAUUCAACAAGUAGUUGAGGUUUCAUUAUAGACCUGUAAUAAAAGGAGGAAAUUGAA